AUGUUAAAACUAACCGAUUUGAGUCGAAAUGGGAAAACGGCAAUGUUUGGAACAUUUACCUUCUACUUUCUUGUCGUCUUUUCCUCCGAUAUGAUAGCGUCUUCUGAAACGACACCUCAAAUAAAUAAAACGAUCUCGUUGCCGAAUAUAACUUUUUGUGUGUCAGCAGAUAUGAUCAAUUCAUAUGUGAAAGUGAACAAAUCGGAGACUAUCAAAGAGUGGGAUCGAUUUGUUGAGGCUCAACUGGCCGAAAUGAACACCAAAUCGUUGGCCCUUAACCCAACAAGACGAUGGGAUGAUCGGCUUCUCUUCGAAUCUUACGAUUAUUUGGCCGUGUUGAAUUCGUUGGAACGAGAGACCGACUCAAAACAAAUCGGUCAUCCGAUAUGGCGAUACAAGAACUUACCAGAGCUAGCCGGAAAAAGGGCCAUGUAUCAGAAAUGGCAAAAUUGGAUGGAUAAGCUCGGGAUUAGCUAUGAGGAGUUGAGAGAUCAAGUAGGCAAUCAGCUGUUCCUGCGAUCGAUUCUCACAUUUUCGCGAAGCGUCUCCGAUGAACGCAUCAUGCCGAGGCUGAAGAUUCAAUGGAUUUCCAUCAAACAAAUGUGCUUCUCACCGAUCUAUUCGAGAGAAACUUUUCGAGACAUUGAGAAGCCGGGGAAAUUCUUCACUCUAUUCUGGCAAACGGAUGUGGAAAAUCUGGUCGCUAAGGGUGUCAAGAGUUUCGAUUGUAUGCAAGUGGACUUUCACGGUCGCGUGUCCUCGUUGAAUCGUUUCCUGAAAGGCGAUGAAUUCUUUGAUGAAAUCUUUGAUGGACAAGCGAGGGCAACCGAUGGAUUCUUUGAUGGGGGUUGUAUUGGUGAGUACCACAAAUUGGUUGUCGAGAUAGAGACACGUGUGCACCUUCCAAAGAGCAUCGGGGGUGAAACGAUAUGUGUGGAGAGGAAAGCUGGUGAUGAGACCGAGUUCGACUGCUUUUCAAGGUGUCGAUACGAGUUGAUCAGGAAUAACUGGAAAUGUCUACCCAGGACAAUGGCGCACUUGGUGACAGAAGACGAUCGAAAGAACUUUCAGCCUUGCGAUUAUGCUAAAGUUGACAUCACGGAAGAAGAAGCCAAUGCCGGGUACGAGGAAGGAGAAAUCGAUCUAUGCAAAAUGCAAACCGGAUUGCACUCUAACUCGCUAUCAUCUCGUCCACACACGGAUGGGCGCAGCACCGAGACCAAACAUAAUCGCUAUGGAGAUCGAUUGGGGUUCUUUCACCUACUCGGACAUCAACUUCUAAAUCCUAUGCGCACAAUU